AAUCGGCUGUUCAAGCGUGCGGUAAUUGGUGGGCUCAUUAAGUUAAAUUAAAUAAGAAAUGGCCAAGGAUAAUCUGACGGCAGUGCUGUAUGGCAUUGAGGACAUGCGAUUGGAACAACGCCCAAUUCCAGAGAUUGCUGAUGAUGAGGUACUUCUAGCCAUGGACAGCGUUGGCAUUUGUGGUUCAGAUGUCCACUACCUUGCCCACGGAAGGAUCGGUGACUUUGUGCUCACCAAGCCGAUGGUUAUUGGCCAUGAAUCCGCUGGCGUGGUAACAAAAUUGGGCAAGAAGGUAACCAACCUGAAGGUUGGCGAUCGUGUGGCCAUCGAACCGGGUGUACCCUGCCGUUACUGCGAUCACUGCAAGCAGGGCAGGUACAACCUGUGCCCCGGAAUGGUCUUCUGUGCCACGCCCCCCUAUGAUGGCAACCUCACCCGCUACUACAAACAUCCGGCAGACUUCUGCUUUAAGCUGCCCGACCACGUCUCCAUGGAGGAGGGCGCCUUGCUCGAACCUCUUUCUGUGGGCGUGCAUGCCUGCAAGCGGGCAGAGGUAACCCUGGGCUCUAAGGUUCUCAUCCUGGGAGCAGGUCCCAUCGGACUGGUCACUCUGAUGGCUGCUCAAGCCAUGGGUGCCUCUGAGAUCCUGAUCACAGAUCUGCUGCAGCAGCGCCUGGAUGUGGCCAAGGAGCUGGGUGCCACGCACACUCUUCUUCUGAAGCGAGAACAGACCGCCGAAGAGACAGCAGAGCUCGUCAAGAAAACCUUGGGCGGUCAGCCGGACAAAGCAAUCGAUUGCUGUGGUGCGGAGAGCAGUGCCCGCCUGGCCAUCUUUGCUACCCAAUCCGGUGGAAUCGUGGUUGUCGUCGGCAUGGGAGCUGCUGAGGUCAAGCUGCCCCUUAUCAAUGCCCUGGCCCGUGAAGUGGAUAUCCGUGGAGUUUUCCGCUACUGCAAUGACUAUGCUGCUGCUCUGGCAUUGGUGGCCUCUGGAAAAGUUAGUGUGAAGCGACUGGUGACACACCAUUUCGACAUCAAGGAGACGGCAAAGGCGUUCGACACCUCUCGCAAGGGACUGGGUGGCGCCAUCAAGGUCAUGAUCCACGUGCAGCCCAGGGACACCAAUAAUCCUCGCAAAUUCUAAGCACUUUGUACUACAUAAGCGAUCUAAAUAUAGCAUAGAAAACACAGUA